UGUGCUCGGCAGGUUUUGUGGAUCUGCAGACUGAGAAAGCUGACCUGAUGGAAAAUGUUGGAGCGAUUCCUUUCCUGGACUACAAGCACUUUGCCUCCAGAAUCUUUUUUCCUGAGAGCGAAUCUCUGAUGACAUCGUGUAUCAAAGACAUUGGUCAGGAUGUGGUGAAGGUUCAACUUGACGAGUGUUGCCAGGGCUUGUCCAGGCUGAUCCAGGACCAGGUCUUCCUCACAUCUAUGGUGCACGCUCUGGAGGAGCAGAAGAGCUUCACCAUUAAAGACAAGUGUGCAUUGGCAUCAUUACUGACCGUAGCGCUCCACAACAACUUGUCGUACCUGACGGAGGUAAUGGAGACUCUGCUGAGGGAUUUGAUGCAGCAGAACAGCAACGCUCAGCCCAAACUGUUACUACGACGCACUGAGUCCAUCGUGGAGAAGCUGCUGACCAACUGGAUGUCCAUCUGCCUUUAUGGCUUCCUCCGGGAAAGUGUUGGCCAACACUUGUUCCUGAUGGUGAGCGCUCUCACGCAGCAGACAGCAAAAGGACCUGUGGACUGUGUGACAGAGAAAGCUCUAUACACACUGAGUGAGGACUGGCUGCUGUGGCAGGCUCAAGACUUCACCUCCCUGAAGCUGAAGGUGCUGUUUGCAGUGGGGAGUGACGGAGAGGUCAGUGAGCCUCUGGAGGUCAACGCCUUGAGCUGUGACACAGUAGAGCAGGUCAAAGAGAAAAUCCUUUCCACCUUCAAGGCCAAGUUUGGAUUCCCCUACAACACCCUGCUCAGGGACAUAUGUAUCGAGUAUGAGAAGAAUGGAUCAUUUUUUCCUCUCGAGGAAGUGGAUGCGAGCUCAGAGGUCAUUGGGGAGGUGACAAUGCUCAACACACUUAAGCACUACAAGGUUCCAGAUGGAGCCACAAUCAAAGUGCUUUCUAAGAAAACCCAUCCUCCUCUGAGCCCACAGGGGAGUCUGAAGGAUGAUGAAAACUUCUCUGGAAAAUAUUUCCACUUGAUUGAUCCUGAUGUAGACGAGGACCAAAGAAAGAACCCAGAGAGGAAGAAGUUAAAACUGAAGGAAGUGUACCUCACCAAGCUGCUCUCCACCAAGGUGGCAGUGCAUUCAUACGUGGAGAACCUGUUCAGAUCUAUCUGGGGGAUGCCACAGUGCAGAGCCACGCACGCUGUCAAAUACUUCUUCGACUUCCUGGACACUCAGGCGGACAACAUGAAGAUCACCGACCCAGACGUGCUGCACAUCUGGAAGACCAACAGUUUGCCCCUGCGCUUCUGGGUCAACAUCCUGAAAAAUCCCCAGUUUGUGUUCGACAUGGAGAAGACUCCAAAUUUGGAUGGCUGCCUGUCUGUCAUCGCCCAGGCCUUCAUGGACUCCUUUUCUCUUAGUGAGACCCAACUGGGGAAGCAUGCACCAACCAACAAGCUCCUCUAUGCCAAAGACAUUCCCAAGUUCAAACAGGAAGUGAAGAUUUACUACAAGCAGAUCAGAGACCAGUCACGCAUUACAACCUCAGAGUUCAAUGACUUUCUGCAGGAGGAGUCGAAGAAACAUGAAAACGAGUUCAACGAAGCCGGAGCCCUCAGAGAGCUCUACAGAUUCAUCCAACGAUACUUCACAGAGAUCCAAGAGAAGCUGGACCAAAAUGGAGCCCCUACUGAGCUGACGGAGCAACUACAUCAUGUUAAAAACUUGUUUGAUGGACUAAAGAGCUGCUCCUGGAACUGAGCCGCCAUCCUUUCACUCAUGUAUCUAUGAACGACACUGUGAGAGGAAGACUCUUCUGAUCCUGUCAGGAGAGGACCAAGGGGACUUUUGUCCUGCAUGUAUCAUCCUGUUACUGAAAAAACAGUCUCAGAGGAGCUGAAAGGAGGUGCCAACCAUGGCAGUAAUUCAUGAGUCAAUGGGGAGUUGUGCGUCUUCUGUUGGAAACUUUUGGCAUUAAACUGGUGAACUCCCAGAGACACUGAAGCGAGGCACAUAUCACCCGUUAGUAUCUUUCCUAAAAGGACACUUUUACCAUUUGUCUCUCUAUCUGCUGAUCUGUCUUUUGUCUGAUGGACUUUCAUACUGCAGUUUCACAGUGAAAAGCAACUACUUCAUUAACUUACACUUAUUUGUUACCACACAAAAUACACACACAGACACAAAUUAAAAACCACAGAUAGAAAAAG